UUAUUUUAUUAAUAUUUUCUAUAAUUUGCCUCAUAGCGAUUUUUACCAUUGUUGGAUUAGAUAUAAAAUAUGAAAGCCGCAGAUUUAGAAUUAGAUUCACAGGAGAAAACUAUUGAUGAUUUGAAAAAUAAAAUUUUACAAAUGAGCGGUACAGAGAGCCAUGAUAGUGCUAUACAAGACAAUGACAUUUCUAAUCUAUCUGACGAUUUAAGAUAUACACCUUUAACAUUUGCAGAUAGCUUUUUCUCGGAUAAUUUUUUUUCUUUUAACAAUCCCAAUUAUGAGAAUGAAAAUUUUAGUGAAAGUAUGUUUAAACUUUCUCAAAAAGUUGAAAUCUGCGAUAUUGAAGAUAUCAAUUUUGGAGAUUCACCUGAAGAAGUACUAAAUUCCCAAACCUUUGUUCGAAACCUUAUAUUAAAAACUGAUAUUCCUUCAAUACCAAAUACCCUUUUAUUCAAUAUAAUUGACAAUAAAAUUGAAACAGCUACUGAUUGCUUAGAUAAAAAUAUAGAGAAUAUUAAUACAUAUCUUGAGUUAGAUGACAAUUUAAAUAAAACAAAAUUAAAAAAUGUGGAUUUAACUGAUUUACAAAAUGAGAUACCAAUUAUAUUAGAUAACAAAAGUAGCAUUUCUUAUUCUGCCACUUCUCAAAAUAUUGAAAGUCUAGAUACUAAUUCAUAUAAAGAUAAUGUUAUAGAAAAACCUGAUUCUAAUAUGUCUGAAGCUGACGAUGAAUUUUCUAUUAAAAGUCAAAACAUACCCAGAGAUUUAAGUAAUGAUUCAAAUCAAGAUAAUGUAAGCAUUACUGAUGAAAAGGUUUUAGAGAUGAGCAAAGAUAAAAUAAAGCCUGAAAAUUUAAAAAAGAGAAAUGUACCAUCUACACCUAAAGGUCCAUUUUAUUUUCAUGACACAAGAAAUGAACUUGAUAUAUCAGUAAAUAUUACUGAACAUAAUAUCUCUCAAGGAAGUUUAAAGGAAAAUGAUAACAAUGAAAAUAAAAUUUUAAAAACGAAAACUGAUAAUAAAUGGACUCAUGAUCUAUAUGAUGAAUAUGAACAACGUGCUAAAGAUGCUGAAGAAAUAAUAUGUGUUUAUGGCUAUAAUAUUAGAGAAAAAAAUGGCAAAACUCUUAACUCUAGAUUACCUCGAGAUAUGACACGCCCAAAUCAUGAUAUAUCAAAAGAUAGAAAAAGUCAUUUUAAAGUGUCACAUAAUAAUCGAGAUGAUUUCUUAAAAAAAUCGCGUUAUCAAGUAAGACAUUCUUCACCUUCUAAUAAAAGAGCCAUCAAACCAUUGAUGGAUAUAUCCAAUCAACACGAUAAAAAUUACCCAAAACAAGAAAAAAUCGGUAGCAGCUACACAAAAAUGAAAGAAUCAGAGAAGUUAAAAAACCGUUCCUCUGAUGAUUUUAACGAUGCAUCGAGUAAUAACCAACAACGAUUUUAUAAUAAUAAGCCAUUUACUAAACCCGAUUUGGUACAACCUCCUAAAAAAUAUUCACAAAUGAGGGAAAAAACAAAUCAAUCUAAGGAAUCACCUAUGAAUUCUUCCAUUGUCCGCAAAAACAAUCUAGAUAACCGAUCCAAAGAAAAUAAUUCAAAUGAGUAUUUAGAACAACAUUCUAAAAAAUAUUCUGAAAUGACGGAAAAGAUUAAUCAUCCUAAGGAAUCAUCUAAAAAUACGUCCAGUACCAAUUUUAGCAAUUUAGGUAACCAACCCAGAAGUAGUUACCCAUAUGAUAAAGAUACUGACAAAUUAUGGUUUAAAAGUCGUAAUAGUGAUAGAGACGACCAAAGGAGAUCUAAUUCAAAGGGGCCCUUGGACAGAUAUAAUAGAACUAAUCAUGAUAAUACCAAACGAAAUUAUAGAAUGAACGAUUCUGGCUACAAAAGCUAUCCUUCAUUUAGAAGUUAUGGCGAAAAAGAAAACUCAUUAAAUAAAAGCGUUGAGAAGGUUGUCCUAACAAAAGAUCAUAAUGAUAAAAAGCCACCAGAAAUAAAUAAUGACUUUUAUGAUAGGCAAGAUUACUCUCACCGGAGUGGCCCAAAUAAGAACAAUUACUAUAGGGAUGGUCGCUAUGACAUGGAACAUAAAUCUAAUAAUAAUAGAUCUGAUUCUUAUAAUAUAAAUUAUGAAAAAUCAAGGAAUAUUUCUUCCAAAGCCUAUACUAAAUCUCGCAUACAGCAAUAUUCCGAAGAUACAAAUGAUAUGAAGCAAAAUAAUAAUGAAGCUGGUUCUAAUAUUAGGAAUACCCCUCGAAAAUCUUAUCCUAAUUCUCCUAUAAAUCAAAGUAAAUGGGAUGAUAACGAUUUAGCAUUCAAACAGAAAAACCCUAUUUCACGAUUUAUCAAUGACAUAAAUCACAAUGAUAGCCAGAAAUAUCACAAUAAUUCAAGAUUUGAUGAUGCAAAUAAUAGCCCAAAGUAUCCCAAUAAUUUAAGAUUUAACGAUGCGAAUAAUAGCCAAAAAUACUCCAAUAGUUCAAAAUUUAAUAAUGCAAAUAAUAGCCAUCAUUAUCCAUCACAUGAAAGACAGGGUAAUAUAUCAUAUAACAAUCUAGAUGAUGCUAAUUAUGGAACCCAUAUUUAUGGUAACAACCGAAUGGGAAAUAAUCGAUACCAUGAUUUUCCACUUGAUAAAGGCCGGACCAGAUUUGAAUCAAAUGAAUUUAACAACCCUGAAAACAAAUAUGCAACCCUUACAAAAUCGAAAAAUUCUAAUAGUAAUUCAAUUAUUGAUAAUAAUCAUCAAAAACAACAAAGUUCACAUAUUCAGUAUUCUGAAUCAAACUAUGCACCCAAUUCCAUUACUUAUAGUUUAUCUCAUAAUAAGAAUGAUUAUAGUAGAAAUAAUAAUAGUUACAAAAAUAAUAUACUUUAUAAUAAGCCUAAUUUAUCACAAAAAGUUUUUACUUCACAAAAUUUUCAUUCAAAUAAUACUGUUUCAAACACUUACCAUAACUCUAUAAGUUCAAAAUCAUAUUUUUUAAAUAAAAGUGUGAAUGCUUCUAAAUUUAUGGAAACCAGGAAUACUUACUUGACAACAACUGCAAAAUCAAAUUUAAAUUAUUUGCAUCUUAAAUCCAAUCCUAUUAUGAAUAAUUGUUCUAAUAAUGGAGGAGAUCUAUUAAAUCUAUUAUACUUUAAUUCUACAUUAAAUAAUCACCAUAAUUACUUUGAUUUUGGCAAUCAAUUGAAGCCAUAUUCCCACAAUCCUGGAUUCAAUUUACCUCACAUUGAUUCACAUAUUCCUAACCAAUUUAAUCAUAAUCAAUUCCCAUUCCUUUCACCUUUGCCUCAAACAAAUAUCCAAAGUCAAAUGAAUUCUUUACCUUUCAAUUUUCACCAUAUAUUACCACAAUCUCACACUCAAUAUUUAUAUAACCAAAGUAUCCCAAGAAUGAAUAAAGAUAUGAACAAUACUGGAGUUUUGGAUAAUUCUAUUCCAAAUUUUGGGACAACAACUUUCAACUUGAAUGAAGAAUUAUUACAACCCAAUGCCAUGCCUCCAGAUAUUAACCAUGAUCCAUCAAGCUCUUUUUAUUAUGAUAUUUAUAACAAUAAUAUUAUGAAUAGUUAUAAUAAUGUUGACUCCUUUCCUAUUUCUUCAGUAUCACCUCACUUAAAUAUUAACAUGUUCCCAACAUUUCCAAAUCAGCAUAAUAAUCUUUUUACCAAUCCAAAUUUAUUUGAUAAUCCAAACUUGGGCCUGUUUGAAUCUUUAUAUAAUCUGUCAUCCGUGAAUACACAUAUAUCAGAAACAGCUUAUAAUAAUGGUGAUGUAGUAAAUCAUAUAGGUGGUAAUAAUAAACAUUACAUCCCUGAAUUAUAUGAUAAAUCAGAAAAUAGUUUGAAAAAUAAUAAAUAUCAAGGUGAAAAUGAUUAUAAUAAGCCAAAUAACCAAACUCUACAAAAUUUUAAAGAUGUAAAAAGACCCACAUAUAAACAUGGUAUGGCAUACUUCAACAAUCUACAAAAAGAUGGUAAAACAAAUAAAGUUACCGGAAAAACUUCUUUGGAAAACAAAUAGUUUUAAAAAAAAUUCAUAUAUAUUAUAUUGCUUAAAUAUAAAAAAUUAAAUAUUUUUGCUUAUAAAAAUUGUAUCAAAAUAAAUAUAUAAUACAAAUAUUAAUAUAUUGAUUUCUUGUUUUCUUUGUAUAAAAAAUAUAAUUUUAUUUUAUAGGA